GGUCCCCUGGGGCUGAUUUCCCUGCCACAUGCUGAGGUGGGGACACUCUUGGAUUUCUGUUCCCCCUGGGCAGCAGAGCUGCAGAGCUGGAGCUGCACCUUGCUUGGCUGAAUCUCCAGGGUUUGUUCUGAGGAGAAAUAAGCACUUUUUCGGAGACAGAAGACAACUUAGGAACUGGAUGGCUUCUACAGUCAGCCUGGGCAAAGAGACAGCACUGGGAGAUGGAAUGCCACCUGCCAAAAAGCCCAGGAAGCUGCUGCCAAGCCUCAAAACCAAGAAGCCUCAAGAGCUCGUGCUGGUGAUUGGGACAGGAAUCAGCGCUGCUGUUGCUCCCCAGGUCCCGGCCCUGAAAUCUUGGAAGGGGUUAAUCCAAGCCCUCCUGGAUGCUGCUAUUGACUUUGAUCUCCUGGAAGAUGAAGAGAGCAAAAGGUUUCAAAAGUGUCUCCAUGAAGACAAGAACUUGGUUCACCUUGCCCACGACCUUAUCCAGAAGCUGUCUCCGCGCACAAGCAACGUCCGCUCCACCUUUUUCAAGGACUGUUUGUAUGAGGUGUUUGAUGACCUGGAAUCGAAGAUGGAAGAUUCUGGGAAGCAGCUGCUCCAGUCUGUGCUGGACUUGAUGGAGAACGGGGCGCUGGUGUUGACCACCAACUUUGAUAACCUGCUGGAACUGUAUGCAUCCCACCAGGGCAAGCACCUGGAGUCUCUGGACCUGACAGAUGAAAAGAAGGUGCUGGAGUGGGCACAGGAGAAGAGGAGGUUGAGUGUCCUGCACAUCCAUGGUGUUUACACCAACCCCAGUGGCAUCGUCCUGCACCCGGCCGGCUACCAGAACGUCCUGCGCAACACGGAGGUCAUGCGGGCGAUUCAGAAGCUGUAUGAGAAUAAGUCCUUCCUGUUCUUGGGCUGUGGUUGGACUGUUGAUGACACCACAUUUCAGGCCCUGUUUUUAGAGGCUGUGAAGCACAAGUCGGACCUGGAGCACUUCAUGCUGGUGAGGAGGGGAGAUGUGGACGAGUUCAAGAAGCUGCGGGAGAACAUGUUGGACAAAGGCAUCAAAGUCAUCUCCUACGGGGACGACUACGCCGACCUGCCCCAGUACUUUGAGAGGUUGGCCAGUGAGAUCACCACGCGGGGACGAGCAGGUGUGCCCAAGGAGGGCCAACAGCUCAAUGGCUCUGCUGGUGACCUAACAGGACACAGGAGUUGAGCAUCAGCCUCUGCCCAGGAGCCAAAUCUGGUGCUGCCCAGCUGCCUGGGACCCCUCUGAGCCUCCUGGGAGGGACAGAUGGACGGACAGACACCUGGUUUCAUGUUGAAAUUGUCUUUUGACACACGCAAGGUCGCUCCGAGGGAGCUGCAGCCACUGAAAUGCUGAUUUCAUACUUAGUGCUUUUUGUAUUCUGUACUUUCCAUUAA